UGUCAUUAAAUGUGCUACUAAGAUACAAAUUUUAUUCCCGUUUAUUUUAUUUCUGAGGUACGAUAAACAAGGAAUAAGCGAUAUCAGACAUCAUAAAGAGAACUCGAGGCGCGCCAUUGCUACACGAGACUACAAGGGAGAAUGGAUGACCCAUAACGACUAGACGGGCCACCAUGACUAGAAGACAUAUAAUUGGAGGUCGAAGGAAGGAAACCGCGUGAAGCAUUAUUUCUCGAACUGGCUCGAGGCACGAUUCUUGUCGGAAUAACGAUCACGUUUUUGAGUCACGGGCGAACCCGUUUACGGGACAUUACUCGUGCCUCGCAGCGGCGAUGCAUACGCCGAGCUAAUGAGAUGCCUCUGGAAGACGCGUGCGCCUUGCGAAUAGUCGCGAGCGCGUUCGAGCCGACGAGCACGGACGGACGGGGCCGCCGGCUGGCUGCACUCGGGCGUGGUUUUUCACGUCGUCGCGGUGCAGCUGCCGCGACUGGGAACAAAAAGACAUCCCAGAUCAGUCGACCGAUCCCGUCCCGAGAGGGGCGGCCAGUGACCGUCGGUCCGGACUAGAAGUACGUGGCACCGCGCGUCGCCGCUUGCCGAUUUUGCAGUCGCCGCGACAGCCAUUUGAAUUAUUCGCUGCCGCACCGGCAAACCGUGAACUAAAUGGCAGGUCGUACCGCGAUGAUGUCAUCGUGCGGACGUUACAACGAGCUCCUGGUGAGACUGUAAUCGUUACUGCCGUCGUCGGACUCGGACUGUGUACGGCUGCGUCAUUGCGUAAUGUUGUUGAACCGGUGUCGAUGACACGCGCGCGGGGCGGAGCUGCCGGGGCGUUUAAUGCGCGCAAACUGAUCGGACUCGUACUUGAUGAUGUAGGACUGCAGGCCUAAUGAUGAUGAAAAUGUCUUCGACAGCGGGCAAGAUUUUUCUGGAAAAACAUAAAAUGCGAAAUUAAGCUAUCCCAGCACAGGGAUUAGUGCCAUGCAGGUCCGCCUAGAUGGAAAGCUUGCGUUGCUGUAUACUCUACUGAUCCUGCAAGUCCUAAUCGUUAUGAUUUAUGUCGCUACAACUCCGCCAGCUGAGCUAACUGCAUCAACUACUCGUGCUUCUGUCAGCUUCGUCAAGUUUGAAGCAUCACAGGUAUCGCAGAUAAAUCAAGGCAAUCGCAAAAGGCCACCAAUCUACCUGACAAUCAACGGAGAGGUAGCACUGAAGGAUGUCAAAACUUUCAGGCUGUUCGAAGUAUACAAUCACACGGUAUGUUGGAAAUUUGGAGUGGACGAACAUAAGAUGAGGAGCAACGAGCGUUUCGAGAGAUGUAUUUGCAAUCAAGGGUGGCACGGUUUGGACUGCGGGCAGCCGGAAGUCGUGUGGCGAGCGAUCAUGGCAUCGAAGCAAAACGUCAGUCUGAAACGUCGGAAAACCGCUCGACGUAUCAUCCAUAUCUUCUUCUUGAGCGAUUACGAUUCGGCGAUCGCCGAGGUGGUAGUAGAGGAACUCUACAACGUGGUCGACCUCUUCGUCAUCUGCGACUUCAACAACGCGGAGGAUAAUUUCCGGCACAAGCUGUCCAAGGGCCUACUGCAGCGGCAGCAGAAAAAGAUCCUGUACGUCAACGUGGCGACCAAGUCACGUAAACCAUCGAGAACAGUGUCGAAGUACGUCUGGGACAGAGUGAAGGCCGUGGUGCAGAAUUUAAGGGACGACGAUAUCUACGUAACGACCGAGCCGGAGCAGAUACUGAACUCUAGGGCACUGAUGUUCCUCAAAGCGUACGACGGCUGGCCUCAGCCCAUCGGCUUCAGAUUAAGAUGGUCGGUCUACGGUUUCUUUUGGCAGCAUCCGCUCAAGACAACGAUAACGCUUGGCGCGUAUACCGUCGGAUUAAUACGCAACAUCUAUCAAUCGAAUUCGGUUCUGCUGCGACAACGAUUGGACGGAGAUGCCAGCGAGAGAGACAUUUUCGGAUUAGUCAUAGGCGAUUUGAAUCACUACGGCGGCUGGUACUGUAACCUGUGCCAGGCGCCCGCGAACAUUAUCAUCGGUCUACGCAACAGGAUUCAGUCGAAAGAGGUCCAUAUCGAGAAUACCAUCGACGUACCGUUCGUCGAGGAUUUAAUAGGAAGCGGACUGUGGUUAGACGGUAAAACCGGCCUUCUCAGAGUCUCGAAAUCCAGAGAUUCCUACUUCGCGCCUGAAACGAUCCUCAAUAACACGUGGAAGUACGACUGGCUGGUAGAGAAUUUCUACGCUAAACUCGAUUAUUAUUGACGUACUGCUCGCACCCGACUGUGAUAUUAAGUCAUACUCGAUACUCCAUGUACACUAUGUAAUAUUAUACUGGAUUUAUACAUUAAAAUAUUACGUUGACGAAAUAUACAUGUUAAACAGUUUGUAUA